UAUAAUAACUAGUUUAAUCGUUAGAGAUUAAACCCAUUUAUUUUCCACAUAGUCAGCUACUAGCAGACAUAUUGUAUAAUACCGUAUAAUUCUAGUACCACUAGCAAGUCAGUUGUCUUUGAGUCUGCGAGCUAUUUUUAGCGCACUAUAUAAGCAGGAACUUUUCCAUUCUCGGGCCUUUUACGUUUGUGGAACUCAGAGAGAAGGUAGAGGACAUAUUAUUUCACGAUUAUCCUUAAAAAAUUAAUUUUCCUUAAUAAAAUAAUAAUUUAAAUAUAAUUUCAAUAUUAUUAUAUAUAAGACACCUAAUAAUCGCUGCUGUCUUGACAUGGAGGUUUAAAAAUUUAUUUUAAAUCAGUUUUACUACAAGUUUAAAUAUUUCCAUACGUCCGCCACGUGGUAGAUCUAUCCUCGCGCUAUUCAGAAUUAUGAUGAAUCCAAGUCAUGGGUGACAUUACAUAGAUAUACUAAUAAAUAAAUAAAUAAAUAAAUAAAAAGAUCUAGAUCUAAAUAAAUAUAUAAAUAAAUGCUAUUCGAAACGCGUAAUUUCUCAUCUGAACGUCUCUGCAUAAAUUAUGUCUAUUAGUCUUUGAAGUUAUAUUUCGAUAAUUUCAUUUACAUAUUACUGCCGUAUAACGAGAUGCCACCGAAACGUGCAAAGACGCAGGAAUUGGCAGACAUGGUCCGAACAAAGAGGUCUAGAACCAACAUGCAAACAUCUCCACCGCCAGAGCAGGGGGGAUCAGGUGCUGUAGACCUACAUCACAACAUGCCACCACCACCACCGUCAGAACAAGAAUCGGGUGUUGUUAAUCCACCACAGCCAGGACAAGGAGAAUCAGGUCCCUGUAAUGUAUGGAUAUUGGGUUCAUCUUUAGUACGUGGUGCAUAUCAGAGGUUAUGUUACAGGCCUGACGGUAUAAAUCUAGGACUUUACAAAUAUAUAGGGGCGAAGUUAUUGUGGGAUUUCAUGGGCGGAAUGAGAAUACACCAUCUUGAACAGUCAGUAGGAUACAUUUUAGAGUUUAAUGAAACACCCGACUACUUAAUUAUACAUUGUGGAGGCAAUGACAUUGGCAGUAUGACAUCAGCCGCGAUAAUUGGCCAGCUAAGGUGCAUUUUGAACAAACUGCAUUUAAAGAUGCCUGAAACAAAAAUUAUAUGGUCCCAGAUCCUUCCUCGGCGUACAUGGAGGUACGUUGAGGUACAUCAAGCUGAAAGAGCAAGGAAACGAAUAAACAGUGCUAUAAGUACCUAUGUUAUUAGGCAUAGUGGCCAUUUAAUAAAAUAUCCAGAUAUAAAAGAUAAUCCACAAAUGUUUGACAAUGACGACACUCAUCUUUCACCAAUGGGCUAUGACAUCAUGUUGAACACAAUUUCAGGAGCAAUCUAUUAUUUCCAUACCACAAAACAGCCUGUUUUUCCUCCAUUGCAGUGA